AUGAUUGUGUGGAAAAGACGAAAAGAACAGCCCAAACCCGGCGAAGCCCUGGACGAGGCUCCAGGGGAGAUCUGGGUGGCGUUCUACGCCCUUGGCUGUCAGCUUAACUUGAUGCUUUCCGCCGUCCGCGCGAACGGCGAGGAUGAAAGCGACCCCCAUCCAAAGGGGGGUUCCCGCCUCGAAUCCACCGCUUCGGAAGCGGAUUUGAAUUUUAGAAAAGGGAUUCAGGCGCAUUUAGAGUUGGCUCUCGUGGAUGCCUGCACCUACGCGAAUCAGAUAAGCGAUCACCUCCUCUUACUUUACCAGCAGCAGAGCAAACUACGGACGCCUUACGCCAUCCUUCCGAUCGUUCUGGAACGGGUUCGUAGCGUUUUCGACGAGGCCGCAUUCUUUCAGCAACACCGAAACGACGCCCGGGGUGCAAAACGCCGCGAGGGGGCGAAGACCUCCUCGGAAAACCUGAGCGCCCCCCUCGGCGGGAUCCAAUCUAACAUGGAAAUGAACCUGCUGAAGCUGUUUUCGAUCUUCCAGCGUAAGGUCGCGCAGGUAACCAAAGAUGCCCCCAGGCUGAGCAGCUCGACCAACCCCGGCGAUUCCGGAUCCCCGCCAAACGCCGAAAAAGUUUUACAAUGUGCAGGGGAGGUCGAUCGUCAGCUCGUGCUGAGUUUCGCCCACAUCGUAUACGAACUGCUCCCGACGAAAGUCCUUCCCGAUAACUUUCUCCAGUUGCUGUUUUUCUUCAUGGAGGCUUUUCAUCGCUCCUUCCCGGAGCGCCGGCAGGAACGAUGCAUGCUCUACUACAGCCACACCACCCGGCUUCUUCAGAACGCGCUGGAUCGGCCGACUUUAGAGGAGGCCGCUCAGCUUCUCGCACAGGCGGUUGUGAUGACGUCGCCGGAUUCUCCCGCGAAUAAUCGCCACCUCCUUGAGCUGAAGCUGAUCGCGGUGCAGCUCGCGUUGGGGAAGGCGUUGAAACCCCCUUCUUCGGAGCUUUUCGAGUGGGGGGGGAAUGGCGUGCUGACGGAGGUUCCCGCUUCGCUGGUCGACGCUGUAGAAGCGGUUCGAACCGCUAAUCUGAGGAAACUGGAGGCAACCAUGCGGGAGAACGCCGUUUUCUACGUCGAAACGGGCAUCUACAACGUGAUGAUGGUUGUACGGGAGCGUGUGGAGUUUCUCAUGGUGAUGAAGUUUUACUUGAAUGAGUGUAAACGGCUUCGGGCGCUUUCCGAGGGAGUUGAGAACCGUGUCGAGCGUCUGGAGGUUGCGGCGAUGGUGAGCUUCUACAAUCUGCCCUACCGCAGUGUUACGGAUGCGGUCGCCCUCUGGUUGCUUCCGUUGCUUUUAAAUCAAAAGGUAAAUGGAUAUGUGGAGGGGGAUUAUUUGUUUAUUAACCCUGAAAACCCCUUUGAAGGUUACGACAAGACACUUUUAGAGACGGCCUUGGAAGCUUACUAG